UCAAUCAACACCUCGCUCCCUCGUGCAACGCUUUGCUCAACGGUAGUCCCAAUAAACCAUCCUAUACUGCAUUUCAAUUUAUCUCUUCAUACACAGAAUGGUCAGGACUUGGCCUAUGAUGGCUCUCUAUCGACGACCAUGGCCCAUAUCGUCAGCUAUUGCGCCACAACUUGAUCCCUCAAUCCCAGUUGAAGAAGAGAAGAUACCAAAUUAUCAUGCUGAUCGAUUCUACCCUAUUCACCUUGGCCAAGUCCUCAACGGAGGGUAUCAGGUUGCUACAAAGCUAGGCUACGGUGCCAACUCCACUGUAUGGCUGGCUAGAGAUCUAGACCGCUGGCGCUGGUCAAAGGAGAAAUAUGUUGCCAUCAAGGUCAAUGCAAUUAGCCAACCUUCACGGCGAGUUCCUGCGGAAAAUGAACUCGACAUCAUGAGGCACAUUUCUCGAGUGAACCCCCAGCAUAAAGGUUGGCAUUUCAUCAGGAAGCUCUGCGACUCCUUUGCGCUACAGGGCACGUCGGGAACCCACAGCUGUCUCGUCUUAGAGGCUUUACGUGAACCUCUAUGGCUCUAUCGCAGAAGAUAUGUAGGCGGUGUGAUACCUCCAGACAUCCUGAAGAUCUUGGUGCAAAUGAUCUUGCAUGCACUCGACUAUCUGCAUUCAGAAUGUCGUGUUAUUCAUACGGAUCCUUCGAUUUUUGAACGAGGCGCUCAGGACGAGUUCGACAAUCCGUUACCGCAGAAACACCUUGAUGCACGUACCAUCUACCUCUCUCGAAACAACUACGGACCACUUUCCGUCCCAACAGGGAUCGUUCAGAUUGUAGACUUUGAUCUAUCCGUUCGGACAGAGCCAGGUCAAAUACAUACGGGUGCCAUUCAGGGAGAAAUAUACCGAGCACCAGAGGUGAUACUCAACGCGGGCUACACAUCCUCUGCCGACAUCUGGAGCCUCGGGGUCAUGUUAUGGGACUUGCUCGAGGGAAAGGGUCUUUUCAAUCCUACAGCCCCUGGCAACGCCGAUGAAUAUGACGACCAAUCACACCUCGGCCAGAUUGCAGCCUUGAUCGGACCUCCACCCCAGAAGCUUCUGUCUAGUGGCCAAAGAACUUCCAUGUUCUACAAACCCAACGGUGAACUCAAGGAUCCUAGUCGCGUCCCCGGCGAUUUUAGCUUUGAGAAUACCAUCAGUUGUAUGAAUGGCGAAGAGAGGCUGAGGUUCAUUCAAUUCAUCAAGAGAAUGGUGAAAUGGAGCCCAGAGGGAAGAAAUACCGCAGGAGAGCUGCUUGAUGAUCCGUGGCUAUAUGAAGAUUUCCCGCAAGACUAGAACAAGCGUAUGGUAGUGGCCACGAACCGUUGUUGAAGAAUCAAUCGCACUUCCGAUUCAUGGGUGGCCGAGGUGUAGAUAGCCUCCUAUCAAAUGGC